AUGCCACGUCAUUGGAACGGCCUCGAUCAAAUAUCCCACAAUACUCAAAUGUCCGUGUGCCGCAGCGCCAGUCAGUGCCAGAUUGCUGCAUGGUGCCAACGCCUCUUGAGUCAAAUAUCGAACGAUCAGGUCGUGUCUGUUCGGUCCACGGCCGCCCUCGUGCAUCCUUCCGACGAAACGUUGGACGAUACCCAAGUGGCCGCUUCGGGCAACCAAAUGCAGUGCACCCGUCGGCGCGGUGGGUUUGCAGCCACGUCACCUCCGUCGAGCACCUUCGCUUCGGUGCUCGUGGAGCCACUGUACAACGUCCAAGUGUCCAUUGGAGGCUACAAAGACCAUCGCAGCAUCAGUGCAAUCAGUCGUCGCCGACAGCAGUGCGACAAGCGACGUCGACUCACGUCAGAACCAUCGCACUUGUUGCAGAAUGACAACCAGUAG